AUGUCUUCCUUCGAUGAAGCGUUCAAGAAGCAUGAAACUGCAGGGGUCGAAGUCGAAGUCGAACAAGUCAGUACCAAUGCCAGCAUCAAUACUGCAAUCGACGAACCAAAUGCCAGUCUUAAAGGAUGGCGGCUGAGGCUUCUCACGCUUGGACUCGCUUUGGCGGUCUUCCUCGCCUCGCUCGACUCCAUAAUCGUCAGUACCGCUCUGACGGCUAUUGCGAAGGACCUGCAAAGUUGGGACAAGAGUAGCUGGGUAGUAUCUAGCUAUUUGACAACUUACUUCAGCUUUUUGGUUAUCUGGGCCAAGGUCAGCGACUUGGUUGGACGGAAACUCAUGCUCAUCACGGCGCUUGUUCUCUUCCUUGCUUUUUCCGGUGGUUGCGGCGGGGCUCGAACAAUGUUGCAACUGAUCGUCUUGCGAGCACUUCAAGGCAUCGGGGGUGCUGGUCUCUUCAGCUUGGUGCCAAUCAUUACCGCUGAAAUGGUCCACCCAGAUAAAUAUGCAUCUUACAAUGCUGUGAUGGCUCUGUCAAUUGCAUUAAGCUUCUUACUGGGACCACUCAUUGGAGGUGGCAUUGUGGAUCACACUACAUGGCGAUGGAUCUUCUACAUAAACCUCCCCGCUGGCGCCGUCAGCAUCGUACUGGUAUGGUUUUCCAUGCCCGGUGCAUUUCCAGAUAUAUCACACCCAACUUCACUGUGGAGCGUUUCGAAGAAUAUGAAUCUACGCGGGAGGGUGGAUUAUCUCGGGUUCAGUCUUCUGCUCGCCGCCUCUCUGUUCCUGAUUGUAGCUAUUGAGGAGGCGGCGAUCCUGUACACGUGGGAUAAUGCUGUCGUGAUCACCCUGCUUGCCCUGGCGUUACCCGUUUUCUGUGCCUUUCUUUGCUGGGUCUGGUUCCUAGACCGCAGUGACUCCACCAGAGAACCUGUCUUCCCCUGGAGAUUCGCCAAGAAUAGGGUCUUAAUGGGGUUGUGCUUGAUAUGUCUCCUCUCCGGAGUUCCACUGACAACGCUCGUCCUUGAUCUCCCCGGCCGUUUCCAAAUCCUCAACAACACCUCUGCAUUAGAUUCUGGAAUCCGAAUCUUGCCGCUCACGCUGACGAUCGCAGUAUCCUCGGCGUUAGCAGGUGGGGUAACAGCCCGGGGUCGCGUGCCUCCUAUAUUCGUGUUUUCAAUUUCGGCCGUGCUCCAAACGGUGGGCCUAGGACUGCUCUAUUCUGUCCCCGCAGACAGACCUCUCGAGGCGAAGAUAUACGGGUAUCAGACACUCAUUGGAACAGGAGUGGGUAUGUGUCUGGCCACGGCGAUCUUGACCGUGCCAUCACUAGUUGAGGGAAAGGACUUGUCCGCAGCCAUAGGCAGUGUAACGCAGAUCCGAGUCCUCGGCGGUGCCGUCGGAGUGAGCGUCGCAACGAAUCUUCUGAACAAUAGCGUUCAGGACCACCUCCUAGGCCAAGUCGCUCCCGAAGUGUUGCGCGACAUCAUGAAAAACGUCUCCUCCAUCGCGGCACUCCCGCAGUCCACCCAGUUGCUUAUCACAGAGGCGUUUGCAGACGGGUACGAGCGCCAACUACUGCUGGUCUUGGGAUUCUGUGCUGCGGAGGUUCUGGCAUUGGGGCUAAUGUGGGAGAGGCCGAUGAGGAGGUUAGUUUAG